AAGAUAAUGCCACUGUAUGUGAUAGUAGCACGUAGCUCUUGUUAUCUCAGCAAAAUUUGCUAGUCGGUGGUCGUAUUUUGCUAGCAAUAUUUGUCCCCCUCUGUUUUAAUACGUCCCCCUAACCCCUUUUACAAUACACACAAAGUCCCCCUCUCUUUGGCAAUAUAGCAAGCAAGCAAGCAUAGCUCAUUUAUACCGUAUACAACAAUACUACUGCAUACUACUGUUGGAAGAGCUACAUUGGUUUGUGAACCAACCGCCCCUCUGUAUUUUACAUUACAAAAUGGGGAAAUGGAACCGAAUCGAAAUGUGCCUCAAAAUGGGAGCUGCAUAUUAUAAUAGUAUUUUACAGCUCUAGUCUCGAACGGGGAAUUAUAAAACCCCCUGUUGUGUUUUCCCUUCCCCCUUUCCCCGCUCUAAUUCUAAAUUCACUUUCCCAUUGCACCCACCCAUGCUAUAGUUAUUGCCGCUUUUCCUCCCUUUCUGCUGUUGUGUGUUCUGAACGCCCGAAAGCAAAACGAGAUACUGAAAAAUAUACGACAAUUUUACUUCACAUUUAAACGUUUAAAUUCUUCACGUAAGUUUAACGAGCAACGAAACGCACAACGCAACAAAGCGGAAAAAUAAGGGGUGGGGUUGGAAAACUGCGUUGCAAUAAUUUCAAAACGUGAAACGGGAAACCAUUUUGGCUUUCAAAGCUUUUGUUUCUUUCAAAUUGUCUAUUUUAGCCGUAAAGUUAGAAACUUACAUCUCUUCCAAGUUUCAGGUUACUUUUGCGUGAAAGAAAGUCUAUGUUUGGGAUCUAUUUUGAAUCGUUAUUUCCACAUCAAUUCAAAUUGAUGUCCUCAUUGUAAUUUCUUAUGUUAGAUCUUUCAAUAUUUCACACCCUUCAAAAAACAUGAGCAAUUGAAAUCAAGUAGUUUUUAGUUUGGAAUAGAUGCUGCACAUUUCGAAUUUGAUGCAAAACUUCCUUUAUGACCUUGAACUUAACCUUUUCCUUUGAGUUUGACCUUUAACUUCCUUCAAUUUAUGAUAUUUGUUUGUACAUUCGAAGCAAACAGAAUCGAUUCUCUGAAGUUUAAACAAUCUAGAAGUCGAAUCUUAGCAAAUAUAUAUUUUGGCUAUUGUAAUCAGUUUUUGAGUGUCGCUUAAAUCAUUUCCAGCUUCAUAACAUGGAUGUUUACAACCUUAUAACCUUAUAUUAUGUGAAAGAAAAUUUUAUAUUUGAGAAUUAGAACAUGAAUGAAUGCGUUCAAUAACUUCAUUUUUCAAAUAUCAAUUUUCUCAAGUACGUAAAGCUGUACUUACGAAAAAUUACUUCAGUGAUUGUUUAAACUCACCUUCUUCAUUCUGUUCAUGCGCUCGGCUUCAUAUUCUGCCUUCGUUUUAGUCCUCGUCCAUAGUCCCCCUCCAAACCAAUAAGACAGAAAACUGUCCAUAAUUCCUCCCCCACCCGUCUGUUUACCAUUGACACCUGAAGGCAUCUCCUAGACGACCGGACGCCCAGUCGAUAACACGAUAUUGGAUUGUAUUUUAGAGAUACUUUACACACUUGAAGAUUUUGCAGAGCCCAGCUGAUAACGUGUGGUUGGAAAAAAAAUUAUUUACAUAUAUUUUUAUUUUGAAAAGAUGCUGCGGUCCUGUAACUCGACACUUAAAAGAAGUGCGAUGGAACUGCUUGAAUCGCAAUGGCAAAGAGUAGGAGAAAGAGAUAAUCACGAGGAGUUGCAAGUGAAACUGGAACCAGAAGAUGAGGCAGAGGCCCUGGAUUUGAGGUGCCUGGAUAGCUUCUGGUCCCAAUGCUCUAGGGUAUCAUCGCCCCAAUCUGUACCACUCGCUCCCGCCCGAAAAAUUCCAAAACAUCAAUUCAGUUCAGCAUGCGAAGACGUUUUGGACGAAAACAUCCUCGACCUCAGAAAAAAACCUGUGUUACCAUCCCCUUUGAACUUAGCUGUCAACUACCUAGACCGAUCCAACCUUGACCUUUCAUGUCCAGACCUCACAAUUAACCUAUUCAGCCCCAGUUUCGGAAGCGAAGAAAUUAGUCCCGAAUUGUCCCCAGAUAAAUCGAAAUCAGGUCCCACUUUCCCGAAAUUCGGCAAAAUGGUCGACGGUCGCAGAAUUUGUCCAAUGUGUCAAAUGACAUUUCGAAACAGCGACAAAGCAAGACGUCAUUUUUUGUCCUUACAUUCCGGAAUGGGCCUGCAAUGUGCAAUAUGCUGUGUAGUCAUGACUCGAAGAGACAAGUUGAAAAAUCAUUUGAUGAAGCAGCACUAUUUAGCCCCAGACGUGGCCAAAAUGUUCGCAGCUAAUGCUAGUUUAAUAGCAAAAGACAGCGACAGUGCUUUAAACAGUAAAUACUUUAAAUGAGGUGCUUGCAGCUAAACUGAUUAUUUUCUGAAAGUUAAUGUUUCAUUUUC